CGAUGGGCUUCGAAUACCUCGAGAACGGUAUGUCCAGUAACUUGAAGCUAUCCAAACUCGUUAUUCUGGCAACAGAAGUUUGGUGAUGACGACCAUUUGCGCGCGGCCAUGAAGCUGGUGCGAGGAGUCUUGACGACCGACGACCUCCUCCGGCGCUUGAAGGUGACCAAGGACCAGCUGCCGGCGCUUCGUGCGGCCAACCCGUAUGCCACCUUUAGCCACUUGACCAAGUUUGCACUGCUCACGGACAACGAGUUUGCGCGGUUCGUGUCGGGCUCUGCAUCGGCGUCGGUCGUCCCGCCAUUGCCUGCUGCACCGGCAUCGACCCACCGCUCAAAUCGCAGUGCAGCUGUUGGCGGCGCCAUGGACGCCUACUCGGUCGACUGGACUACGAGGUCGAUUUGCGUGCCGCCCGUCAAGUUCAAAGGCAACUGCGGUAGCAACUGGGCGAUCGUGGCGGCGGCGGCCGUCUCGUCCACGCACUGCCUCACGACGGGCGACGCCAUCAACCUCUCGGCGCAACAGGUCUUGAGCUGCUCGUACCCGAGCGGCACGGACGGCUGCAAAGGCGCUGGCUUUGCGCAGCAUGCGAUGCGGUGGCUCGUGUCGCAACCGAGCGCCUUGUGCAGCGAGUCGGCGAUCCCGUACACGUCGGGCGUGACGGGGUCGGCUGCGUUUUGCAGCGACAACGCCAAGUGCGCCGGGACGAUUUCGCUCCAGGCCGGUCCCAUCGUGACCAUGCGCGGCGAAGACGCGCUCGCGAAACAGCUCGAGUUGCAGCCCGUCGUUGCGUACGUCACGACGCUCAACAGCGUGUGGAAGUCGUACGGGGGCGGUAUCGUCACGUGGUGUCCGCCGACGCAGUACGUCGACCAAGCCAUGCUCGUCGUCGGCUACGGCAUCCAUGACGCUGGCUACAACCUCAAUACCCUCCCUUUCUUCAAGCUGCGCAAUGCGUGGGGCACCAACUGGGGCGAGCGCGGCGACAUUCGGCUCGGGCGCAGCGAUAGCAACGACGAAGGCACGUGCAAGCUCGCCAUGUACCUCGCCUACUCGAUGCUUCCGCCAGUGGGUGCCAGUAAGGCGACGCUCCCCGACCAACCGUAGUCAUCGACCCGGCAUAUGCGUGCGCCAACUGCCUCGACCGACGUCGCAGCCACGGGAGCGUGCCACGUAGGACGUUGUAGUUUAGUCGUCCAGUGUUGGAGACCAAGUGAAGUGUUGAGACUAUUGAUGACCUAGGUUCGUCGAAUGUUUUAGCAAGGCAGCGACAACAGGUUGGAGCUUCGUG